AUGGCAAUAGACCAGAGAACCUGAAUGACACCAUUACUCUGGAGCUUUGCCCUGCUGCAUCAGCUGAAACAUCAAGCCAUCCACGUCCACCCCUCCUCCUCCACGUCCACCACUAUGUACAACCAUUACUCCAGCUCUUGGGUCUCACACUUACAGAUUCCUUGGGAAAGAUUUCCACUCCGAUUGUCGCAUGCAAUCACAAGAGGGGACAGAGCUCAUCCAGAGGACAGGAGAAGUAUGGUUAGAAUUGUUGUGGAGGCCAUGCAAGUUCACUGCAGGAACCCUCAACGUGCAUCAUGUGAAGAAGUUGCUAAAAUCAUUGUAAACAGAUACCCUCAAACAUUUGCAGAUUUUACUGAAAAGGGAGAAAGACUGGGUUGUGGACAUUAUUCACUACUGAGAAGCAUCAAAUCUAGAGUUGAACAUGUUAAUCGAGAUAAUACAACACAUAGACUUCGUCAAACAAAGAGAACCAGGAAUGAGGAAGACUGCAGUCCCAACAGUAAUGCAACCUCACCUAAAAAAGUUAGAUGCCUUGUUGAUAGCUAUGGUUGUGUAAAUUGGCAACCAGUUGAACUUCCUGAGGGGGGAACACCAGCUUCUUUAGAGGAAAAGAAAGACACCCUGUUAACAAUUUUUAAUUCAGAAGGACCUGGAGCUGUGGAGAGACCUGAUGUGGAUGACUUCAUGUGCCUCACAUAUAUUUCUCAGCGGCAGCUUAUCAACAGUUGUCCCUCACUUUCAGUAGCUGAAAUUCAGGAGCAGUGGCCAUUCUUGUUUACUCGGAAAGGUCUUUCGAACCACUUUUACAAACUCACAGGCAUCGAUAUCAGUGAGCGCUUAAGUCAGGCCCUCAUAACCAAAGGCAGAAGGAUUAUUAACUAUUUCUCCAGCCAGAAACUCAAAUGGAACCUUGGUAUAAGGACACUCAUCCAGCAGAUAGAAAGUGAGGGAGUUUUGACCAACAACAAGGUUGGCACAGCAGCCAUACUUCUCAUGAUGAAGUAUUACAAGGAAGAUGAAGACUCCCUCUUUGUCUUAGCAGAUGAAACAUCUACCAGGAUGUCCCUUGAAGCAGAGAGCAACCUGCCAAUCACUCCAAGGCUGAUUAUGCUUGGACAAAGUUCAAUGACCGCCACCUGCUGGAGGGUGAGUGCAGAGGGGCGUGUAAUUGUUGAGCUGGACAAAGAGAACACCUUUGCUGAUGCGACGUCAGUCUUCUUUGGUUCAUUCUAUGUAUUGAACCUGGAAUACCAGGAGUCAGCGUGUGCAACAUUGGAAUUAAUUCAGAGCUAUGUUUGAACAGUCAGCUAAUUGUGAUAGAUGAUGAAUGAAUUAUCUCUAAGUAACUCAUUAUUUCAAAUCACAACUCAAUGUUACUGUAUGUUACUAUUUAUUAUGGCAUGUUUUAAGGUUUGUAAGGAUAAACCCUGAAGAGGGAACAAAAUGUACCUCCAAGGUUGGGACAAGCAGAAGGACUGGGACCACUGUGAAGCAAAAGAUGAUCCAUGGCCCAUGCUUUCUGGACAUUUACACAAGACGAACAACAAUGAAGACAAGCUCUCUCGCCAUCUUGCAAGACGCUGUCUCUGUCCAAUAGGUUUUUUGAGUGCAAC